AUGGUUGGGAUUCUAACAAGCGUCAUCCAGGUGGCAGUGCUGUUGGGAGCUGUGUCACAUGUGACUGUAGCGGGUGCUAAUGACAUUGAAACCAUCUAUGACCGCCGAGUAGCGGCCAUUAACGGUAGCGUCAGUGCAAGCAAGACCAAGAUUGAUGGCCUCCUCGACACGCUUCAGCCGAAUGGCACAUGGCCGACGAUCAGCUAUGUAUCAGGAUGCGAUUCUCAGCGCUCAAGCUGGCCACCAAUAGACCACUGGAACAAUGUCCUUGCGAUGGCAGUCGCCUACAAGGGAAAAACCGAGGGUUAUCUCGAAGACCAGAGCUUACUUGCUGCCAUCCGACUUGCAAUGGGAUUUUGGUUUUCGAACGAGAUGAGUACGAUCGGAGAUGGAACUUGCAUGGAUCGCGAGUAUCUCGAACCCAACAACUGCCCUUGUGGUACACCAGGUCUAUGGGGUGCAAAUUGGGCCAGCAAUGUUAUGCAUGUUCCCAAGCGUGUCGGUCAAACCUGCAACACUCUCCGUUCCGAACUCUCUGAAUCCGAGCUGGGGAACUGUACCCUAAUAACCUCUCGCGCAUUCUCGACUUUUUAUCGGGAUCCAUAUCCAACCUACCUGACAGGAGCGAACGUACUAGACAUUUCCGUCAUUGGUGUGGAUGCCGGGUUAUUGGAGAAUAAUAAAACUGGGAAUGCAUCCAGGAUCGCCGAUGCUUAUCGCGUCGCCCAAAACGAGGUUUCUAUACAUCCUGGGGUUCGAGUAGACGGAAUCAAGCCAGACGGGUCGUUCCAACACCACAGUGGGGUUCUUUUUAACGGAAAUUACGGAAAAGAUUUCGCCAACUCGUUCCUUGCCCUCGAACUCAUGGCACGCGGAACUCAAUUCCAGGCCAAUGGUACCGUGCAAGACGUAUUCGGCUACCACCUAGAUGGCUCGAGGUGGAUGACGUUUACAAAUACACUCACUAGAGUGGUUCAUUGGGACUUUAGUGUCAUUGGCCGAUACAUCUCAUACCCCGUUGCAGAUUCCACUCGUGCGUCUGCCGCCUUGCAAAUGAACCUGGACGAUGUAGCUCGGCUUGGAAGGGCUUGGGGCCAACAAGACCUCAUCGGGUUUGGAACUUCCCUCAAAGAAGCUGCCAAUGAUACCAGUGUCAAUUCCGCAAAAUUCACUGGAAAUAGGGUAUUUUGGAGCUCUGACUAUGUUGUUCACCGGACCAAUGAAUCGGUAACGACCCUGAAGAUGCUUUCCAACCGCACCACUACUUCCAGAUGCACCAACUCUGAGGGACCAUACAGCUUUCACCUUUCGGACGGCGUUGUUUACACUUUUACCACCGGGGCCGAGUACGAAGACAUAUUUGCCGCACUGGAUUACAAUGCCAUCCCUGGGAUCACCACCGACUACAACGGGACCGUUCUCGAAUGCGCGACUGUUGGUCAAAACGGUAUCGAUCCCUAUGCGGGUGGCGUUCAGGCGAGGGAUGUCGGAAUGGCAGCAAUGCGCUACAUCAACCCACUCACUAAUGCAUUCAAAUUCCACAAGGCGUGGUUCUUCUUUCCUCACAACGUUCAACACGUGCUCGUGUCGAGUGUGGAACAGACCAACACCAAUUCUACGUCACCUGUAUAUUCUGUGCUUGACCAACGUCUCCGCUCUGGCGAGGUAUACAUCGACGGCUAUCCCGUGUCGGAGAGCGUAAAUGAAACCGAGGCCGAAUUCCUCUGGCAUGCCGGAACUGGUUACAGAUUUCCCGUUUCUCAGGGGUGUUCGGCGGUGAUUUCAGUUGGUCUUGAGACCAGAACUGGUGAUUGGCGUAAACUUGGCGUGAGCCCAACAGUCGCAACUCCCAAGGAUAUAUUCACCGCCUGGAUCCCGCAUGAAAAACACACAUUCGAUCUCUCACCCAACGCUACGGAUUCUGGUCCUGGCAAGUAUGUUCCUGCAGAGUACUCGGUCUUCCUUGCUACAGAAAGCUAUGAGGAUUUCGAAGACAAGGCCUUGCGACUUCGUCCACGAACGAUUGCCAACACCGAAACUGUUAGCGCUGCUAUCGAUUCCAGUGCCAAGGUCCUUGGAGCGGCAUUCUGGAAGGCUGAUGGUGGAUCGUUCACGGUUAGGGACAUGGGCAUCAGGGUCGAAGUUGAUCGCAACGUGAUAGUCAUGCUCGAGUUUGAUGAUGAGAGUCAUACUAGUGGUAGAGCGAGCGUGGCUGAUCCCACUCACGGUACCGGCAAAGUGAACAUCAAGGUUACUUCGAUUACCUACAAAAGACGCCACCACCCGAGGGUGAUAGGACACCAUGGCGAGCGCAUGCCUCUGAUGAGGCGAACGGAGACCUGUACUCCCUCCAGCGAUGGGUUUGUACUGACCCUAGACCUGCCCGAAGGAAAUUUAGCUGGGUCUACCGUGACCAAAAAUUUCUCCCGCUUUGCUUGA